UGAGAGCUAUUCGCAGUGCUCACUUCAGACGCUCCGCUCUGCAUCACAUAAAGAUAAGGUUAAUCCCGAAAUGAUGAGGACAUUGAUAUUUGCGUUCUGCAUCAUUCUUAUCAUCGCCAAUUCCUUGGCGGCUCCUGCUCCACAAGAUUUCCUUGGGGACUCUCCCCAACCGCCUGAUGGAGAGACUGGCCACAUACAUCCACGGAAAGGGAAGAGAGAGUCUGGUAUAGCAUCAGUGCCGCAGAGUGAACUUACUUCUGAUGAUGCUGAAGAUCCAAAUAUGCAUUUUUUUAGUCGACCACAGUUCAAUGGAGGAAAUGGCAUGCGUGGGCCAAGAAGAGGAAGAAGGGAUUUUAACAUCAUUCCACAAAGUGAGCUGAGUUCACGCGACGAAACAGAUCCAGUCGCGCAGAACUACAUAACGAGAGAGCUGCCUGGUGGUGGAGCUGGGAGACGGCCAAGAAAAGGUGACAUGUGGUCAGAUUUUGAUCAGGAGGCGAAGACAGCUAUCGAGAAAGCUCUUCAAGAUAAUCUUCCUUUUAGUGAUCAUGAUACCAAAACUAUUUGGGAAGAGAUGACUGACGACUUGUACAUGUGAGAUGUAAAGACAGUGGCCAAAGGUUGAUGGGAACUUGUGUUCAGCGUCGUCUGCUUCGCCAUCAGUCAGUUAUUGGGGCAAACGAUCCUGAUUUCAAUUAUGACGAGUGUGACUUGGCGGCCUCGCCUUAUUCAGAUUAGUUUUCCAUGUGCAGAACGUUUCGGGGACGUUCUUGUUUUUUUUUUGUUGUUGUUGUUGUUGUUGUCGCAAGAAGCGAGUGAAGUUGUUAGCAUUAAAACCGGAAUUUCAGAGA